CAAAAAAGGUAACAGAAUAGAGAAUCCUAACUCAACUCGGAUUCCCCUUACAAUUCUUAAAACCUAGAACUACUCAUACUCUACUCCCCUAUCGUUUGUUCCCACCUUUUUCUUUUUUUUGGUCUUCCUCCAAUAUUACUCUUCUGUGUCAUGGCUGCUACCGGCUCCGCCGCCACCACCGGCGCCGCUACAGCCAUCCGCAACCUCUCCUCAUCUCUCUCUUCUAACCCCAAACAACCCCAGAAUUCCCCUCUUUCUCUCUUGUCCAAAACCCUUCAAAAACGCUCUCUUUUCUUCUCUCUCAAACGACCACCCCACAAAACUGAUUUUGCUGUUUUCUCCAAAAACCCCAUAUCCGGGUUUUUUGCCAGUGAAGAAAGUCAACGAGAUGACUGUUUUGUUAGCUUUGAUGAUGGUUAUGACGAUAAGGCCCGUGAAGAAUGCGGUGUUGUGGGCAUCUAUGGUCACCCUGAAGCCUCUCGUUUGUGCUAUUUAGCGUUACACGCGCUGCAACAUCGUGGACAAGAAGGUGCAGGUAUUGUUGCUGCGAAUGAUAAGGUUCUUCAAACCAUUACUGGUGUUGGUUUAGUCUCGGAGGUGUUUAAUGAGUCUAAACUUGAUCAAUUACCUGGUGAUAUGGCUAUUGGUCAUGUUAGAUAUUCAACUGCCGGUAGCUCUAUGCUAAAAAACGUGCAACCUUUUGUUGCUGGGUAUAAGUUUGGGUCUGUUGGGGUAGCACAUAAUGGAAAUUUAGUCAAUUACAAAACUUUAAGAGCUAUGCUUGAAGAUAAUGGUUCAAUUUUUAAUACUGGUUCUGAUACUGAGGUUGUUCUUCAUUUAAUUGCGAUAUCGAAAGCAGGACCUUUCAUUUUGAGGAUUCUUGAUGCCUGUGAAAAGCUUGAGGGUGCUUAUUCUAUGGUGUUUGUGACUGAGGAUAAGCUUGUGGCGGUUCGUGACCCGUACGGGUUUAGACCAUUGGUGAUGGGUAGGAGGAGUAAUGGAGCAGUGGUUUUUGCAUCAGAGACUUGUGCACUGGACUUAAUUGACGCUGCAUAUGAGAGAGACGUUUAUCCUGGUGAAGUUUUGGUAGUGGAUAAAGAUGGGGUACAGUCACUUUGUUUGAUGCCUAGCCCUGGACCAAAACAAUGCAUCUUUGAGCAUAUUUAUUUCGCACUGCCUAAUUCAGUUGUUUUUGGGAGGUCUGUCUACAAGUCUCGGCAUGCUUUUGGAGAAAUACUUGCUUCUGAGGCUCCUGUUGAUUGCGAUGUUGUGAUUGCCGUCCCAGAUUCUGGGUUGGUAGCUGCACUUGGAUAUGCAGCAAAAGCUGGGGUGCCAUUUCAACAAGGGUUGAUAAGGUCACAUUAUGUGGGCAGGACUUUUAUUGAACCUUCACAGAAGAUCAGGGACUUUGGUGUCAAGCUUAAGCUCUCACCUGUCCAAGCGGUAUUGAAGGGGAAGAGAGUUGUGGUUGUGGAUGACUCAAUUGUCAGAGGAACUACUUCAUCUAAAAUUGUUAGGUUGCUCAAGGAGGCCGGUGCUAAGGAGGUUCAUAUGCGAAUUGCCUGCCCACCAAUCAUUGCAUCAUGUUACUAUGGAGUGGACACACCAAGUUCAGAGGAGUUGAUUUCCAAUAGGAUGAGUGUUGAAGAGAUUAGGAACUUCAUAGGAUGUGAUUCCCUGGCUUUUCUGUCAUUUGAGAGCUUGAAGAAGAUGUUGGCAAAAGAUUCUUCAAAUUUUUGUUAUGCUUGCUUCUCUGGGAACUACCCAGUUAAGCCAACAGAGGUCAAAGUCAAAAGGGUUGGUGAUUUUAUGGAUGAUGGAUUAAAUGGAAGCAUUGAAUCCAUUGAUCGUGGUUGGGUGCAAGGACCUCAAAAUAUGAAAGACAGCCAGGGUGAUGAUGAGUUCAUUGCUUUUCAUAAUUCGUCCAAUAUACAGCAUUGAGGCCUUUUGGUUUUGGGUUUAACGCAAGAAGAUUAGCGGUAUCUGGUGUGUGAUUGAAGUUCACGACAUAUCUUAAAAUCAUCCGAAUACAGUAUUAUUAUUAUUGUUAUCAUCUUUUUUGUAUGAAUUGAGUUCCAAAUUCUAAACCUUUUAGCGGUUUUGUUGGCUCGUUCAAUUAUUGCUAGAAAAGUUUAUCUGAUGAUUAAAUGCGGAGUUUAUCUUUCCCUCGAAUAGAUCAAUAAAUAUCAACUUAAUGUA